ACAAGAGAUGGGACCACUCAGCUAUUACAUUCAGCUCAGAAGUGUGAUAUGCUGAGAGGUGUACAGAUUGCUUCUGGCUCUUCCAAGAAUUCCUUACCAUAUUCAAAGGCAGCACAUAGAGCACUCAUUGCUCUCCAGUGUGCAAAGUACAAUAGGCCAUUCAACUUUGUAAGAGAUAAAUUCUAUGCUCUUAAGGUUGAUAUGCUGCGUCCAGGUAUUGUACUGCCUUCUCCUGAUACAGUGUCUGAUGACAUCAAGACUCUGUAUCAAGGAUUGUCAAUCAAUGUUCGGAAUUACUUUAAAGUAAGU